AAAAGUCAAAAGUAAAGAAAUGGUCGUCUGCUUGAAGUACCUUAACAAGAACUUUAUUUAAGUGCACCUUACCGGUUUCCACCAAUCUCAGCUCAUAUUUUAACUUGUAUUUACAAUUAGGUCUGGCGGUUGACUGGUGUGAACCAGUGUGGCAAAGCCUAGACAUCCAUGGCAAUGGCCAUGAUCGCGAGCCUCAGCCCUGCAACUUCAUCAUUUUCGAAAUUAAUUGAAAUCAAGAAAUGCAUUCUCGAAGGCUUUACCUCCAUCAAACACGUCAAGCAUGUUCACGCCGCGCUCUUCCGCUUUGGCCUUCACCAAGACAGCUAUCUCCUGAACCUCGUCUUGAAAGCUUCUUUCAAUUUCGAUCAAACCAACUACACUCGCCUCAUCUUCCAUCAAGCCAAAGAUCCCAACGUUUUUCUCUGGAACACGAUGAUUCAAGGCCUUGUUUCCACCGAUUGUUUCCUCGAUGCUACCCAGUUUUACGUUUCAAUGCGUACCCAAGGCUUCUGGCCCAACAAUUUCACUUUCCCUUUCGUUCUCAAGGCCUGUUCCAGGCUUUUGGAUUUUCCUUUAGGAAUAAGAAUCCAUGCCCUCGUUAUAAAACUAGGAUUCGAUCGUGAUGUCUUUAUCAAGACGAGUUUGCUGUAUUUAUAUUCUAAAUGUGGAUAUUUGGAUUAUGCACGUAAGGUGUUUGACGAUAUUCCUGAUAAAAAUGUUAUUUCUUGGACAGCAAUGAUUAGUGGGUACAUAGAUGUUGAACGGUAUAGAGAAGCGGUUGAUUUGUUUCGUAAGCUAAUAGAUAUGGGUUUGAGGCCUGAUAGUUUCAGUGUUGUUAGAGUUCUGUCAGCUUGUGCUCACUUAGGGGAUUUGAAUAGUGGAGAGUGGAUUGACAGAUGCAUAACACAGUUUGGAUUGAGCAGAAAUGUGUUUGUGGCAACCGCUUUGGUUGAUAUGUAUGCCAAGUGUGGGAACAUGGAGAAAGCACGUUACGCUUUUGAUGGGGUGCCUGUGAAGGACAUAGUUACUUGGAGCACAAUGAUUCAAGGCUAUGCAUCUAAUGGACUCCCAAAAGAAGCACUAGACCUCUUCUUCCAAAUGCAGAAAGAGAAGUUGGCACCUGAUCGUUACUCUAUGGUCGGCGUUCUUUCCGCUUGUGCCAGGUUAGGAGCUGUAGAGCUAGGGGACUGGGCUAGUAAGUUAAUGGACAUAGAGGAGUUUCUGUCUAACCCUGUUCUAGGUACAGCAUUGAUUGACAUGUAUGCAAAAUGUGGGAGUAUGACUCAAGCUUGGGAAAUCUUCAAGAGGAUGAAAGAGAAAGAUGUUGUAGUUUGGAAUGCUGCAAUAUCUGGGCUUGCAAUGAAUGGACAUGUUAAACCCGCAUUUGGUCUUUUCGGCAAAAUGGAAAAAUCAGGUAUUCUACCUAAUGCGAACACUUUCAUGGGCUUGCUUUGUGGAUGUACUCAUGUUGGUCUGGUUAACGACGGUCGACGGUAUUUUGACAGCAUGAAUCGUGUCUUUUCUUUGACUCCUACUAUUGAGCAUUAUGGGUGCAUGGUGGAUCUUCUAGCCCGUGCUGGCUUACUAGAUGACGCUCAUCAAUUGAUAAAAAAUAUGCCAAUGGAAGCCAAUUGUAUUGUUUGGGGGGCCUUGUUGGGUGGAUGUCGACUGCACAAGGAUACCCAGUUAGCAGAAUAUGUACUAAAGAAACUCAUUGAAUUAGAACCAUGGAAUUCAGGAAAUUAUGUUCUCCUAUCAAAUAUAUAUUCAGCGAGUCAUAAGUGGGAUGCUGCUGCAAAAAUUAGGUCAAUCAUGAAUGAAAGAGGAAUACAAAAAGUACCAGGGUAUAGUUGGAUUGAAGUAAAUGGGACUGUUCAUGAAUUCCUUGUGGGUGACAAGUCUCACCCCAUGUCCGAAAUGAUAUAUAAAAAACUUGGUGAAUUGGCCAAGGAACUUAAAGCAGCUGGUUACAUUCCAACGACGGAUUAUGUGUUGUUUGAUAUAGAAGAGGAAGAAAAAGAGCAUUUCCUUGGUUGCCACAGUGAGAAGCUGGCUAUUGCAUUCGGUUUAAUCAGUACCGCUCCGUUAGACGUGAUUCGAGUUGUUAAAAACCUUCGUGUAUGUGGUGAUUGUCACGAAGCCAUAAAGCUUAUUUCAAGGAUUACAGGAAGAGAGAUAAUUGUUAGGGAUAAUAACAGAUUUCAUCAUUUCAUUGAUGGUUCAUGCUCCUGUGGAGACUAUUGGUGAAAUUAUAGACAGAUGUAUAACAGAUAGUAAGGGAUUUCAAUUUCAGGUUGGGAUUGUAUCUACAAAGACUACAAUAUUUUUCUAUUCGCUAAUUGCUCUAUCAGUGCAUCAGUGAUUUCCCUUUGGAUUUUUCUCUUGAUUUGGGGUUUCUUUUGUUUUGGUAAGUUUAAAUUUUCAUUUUAUCUUUUUUUUUGGGUUUGAAGUUAAAUUUUAACAAUAAUGAAGUUCAUUACUCUACUGCUUGAAUUUACUUGUUUGCAUAUUUGUUAGAAUGAGAACCGGAUCCAAAGGUUGAGGGAAGCUCAUCGUGUGCAUUUUGUGUAGGUACUUGAAAUAUUAAGCCUUCUUCUUUAGUUGGGAAAAGAUACUUGUAAAUAUCAUUUCGUGUUUGUAAUGAAAAAUGUGUAUAGAUAUCAUUGUAGGCUAUGUUUCGUUUUACUAGUGUUAAGGGAGUUUUGGGGGCUAACCAUUCACGGGUAUCACAGGAAUGGAUAUUAAAUGUGUUAUUGCUAAAAUCCAGAAGGACAGAAACAUUCCUCUUGUGCCAAAGGUUUUUCUUUUUCCUUUCCAUUUGUAAAUGCAUACUAUCUAAACUGCAAACUUCUUGUGCUUAGUUGUUUUUCUCUGUUAUAAAUAUCACAAACAUUUGCAAUUUGCUAAAAUUAAGCAAACAUCUGUAAAUGCAUACUAUCUAAUCAAGCAUUUUUCUCUUUUACCAUCUUUUAUGGAUGCAUUCCCCAUUGAUUUUUGCUUCUUGAUAUGCCAGAAAUAUUUAUUAUAAUUCAAACCCAGUAUGUAGAAAAUAACAGAUAUAAACAAGAAUUUCUGGUGAGCCGUGUAAAUGCAUAAUGUGUAUGUAUUAUUAGUAAUUACCUUGCCUAAAAUGAAAUUUAGUAGCAAGUUUGUGUUACAUGCAUUUUAAGUAUUGUAUUGAAGGGUAUAGGAAUGCCGUUGUUUAUUACUGUCAAUGUAAACUUUGCAAAUUUGUAGAUUUAUUAACUUAUUCUAGCGCCCAAGGGACUAGGAUGCUGAGGCAUGCAUAUCUUAUUGACUAUUAAGUUCAGCUCAUCAUAUGCUGUGGAAAUAUAUUAAUGUGUUUCUACUGAGGAAAUAUAACUCAUGGUUCAUGCUCAAUAUCGUUUCUGGUUUGAGAUAUUUUCUCUGAAGCAGCUGCUGCUGCACCUUGCCUCCUCUUUUUUGAUGAAUUUGAUUCCAUUACCCCUAAAAGAUGACAUAACAACACUGGAGUAACUGAUCGAGUUGUCAACCAAGUUAGUAUCUUUUUGCUUGCUGCAUUUUAUUAUUUUGCCUUAACUUUUGAUGUCUUUCUCAUUGUUAUUUUGGUUUCAAACAAUUCCUAACUGAAUUAGAUGGUUUUGAAGUUUUGACUGGUGCAUUUGUGUUUGUUGCAACAAGGUUAGUUCUUAUAGAAUCCUAUUGUAUUAUUUUGAUAGUAUCUAUCCUUAAUCUUCGGUUAAUCCCCACAAUGUUGAGUUUGGUUUGUUAUUAUCUUCACCUGAUCGAUUUUGACAUGAGAUGCAUACCCAAAUAACAUAGCUUUUCAAGUAGCACAAAAUUUUUAAAAGAGAAUAAGUUUCUUGAUUUCAAGGUUUUCCAUAAAUAUAUGAGUUUCUUAUUUCAUGGUUUUCCUUAUGAGUUGCAUGGCUUUAAUAAAAAUUGACUUGAAUUCUUCUCAUAAGCAGUAGACCAGAUCUGCUUGAUGCUGCAUUGUUGAGACCAGGUAGGCUUGAUCGCCUCCGUUUCUGUGAUUUUCCAUCUCCGCGUGGAAGGUUGGAUAUUCUGACUUUUCUUUCAAGAAAGGGGAACCUACCAGUCGUAUUGCAGGUCUCUUCUUGAAGAUCCUUUGCUGGAAUGCUUUGAGCUCGUUGAUGAUUUCAAUUUUCAAGGUUCAUCAAGCAGGAUUGAGAGGUGAUAAGAUGGAUGUUUUUGUUAAGGUGCAACAUCCGGAAUUCAGGAUCUUAUGAUGACCGACAUCCGUAACUUGCAAGCAUUUGCACUAGACAUUCAGAAGAAUGAUAUCAAAUUUGAUCUGUUUUCCGUUACCAAGGAAAUGGAAAAACAGGUAUCUGUAUUCACACUGAUGUUCCUUGCAAAACACAUCUAUCCUUUUAUGUAUUUUUUAGAUUAUGUAAAUUGAGAGUAUCGUUCCACUUGGA